GAUCACGUUGAGAGACAACCAGGAAGUCAUGGGUUGUGUGCGGUGAAAGAAGAGGAACAGAUGCUUUAAUCUCCGUUUUCGACGAUGUCUCUUUCCAAAAACAGUUCGUUUUUAGUUGUAUUAUUAUUAUUAGAUAUUUAUGCUCUCGUGUCCAGAGGUGAAGUAAACUCCACCGCAACAGAUUCAGCGGACGCGAUGAAACAAACCGCGUCGUUCAGCCCGGCCGCUGUUGUGGUUAACUCGCCUGUGUUUAAACCCGGCGUGGACUCCGUGUUCUCCCUCAAUCUCCGCUCGUCCUUCCCAGAAGACCUGGAGACCAGCGAGUACUGCAGCGAGCUGCUCCAGAUAUUCGGACUGAAAUAUGUCGCCUAUGUGGACUGCUUGGUGACUGCUGCCCGACCCGUUCAAGUGUGCCAGAAAUGUUUCUCCAGUUACGGCAGCCUCGCCGAAACCUACGUGAACAUCUCGUCGGACCAGAUGGGUCCUGGUAAUGAGAGCUGCCGGGACAGCCUCCUGCGUAGUGAUCGUCUGAUGCUGGUUUACCUGCUGUACAGCAACAUGGAAGACAUUUGGCGCAAAUCACAGUGUUACCAAUGUAUCACGAAAGGAUUCGAGAGCCUCACCAAUGACACGCUGUACUUCAUGGACAAGGUCAACCAAACUAUCGCCUGCUUUAAGAAGUAUCAACAGGGGAACCAUACAGAGCUGUGCAAAGACUGUAAGAACACAUACAGAGGCCUGAAUGAGCUGUACAGCAGAAUGGAGACGAAUCAGACUAUGUGUAUUGACAUCGAGGAUGAGAUGAAUAUGACUCGCAGACUGUGGAGUAAGAACUUCAAUUGUUCCUUCCCGCGCGAGGAGACGGUGCCUGUCAUCGCCGUGUCCAGCUUCAUGCUCUUUCUACCCAUCAUCUUCUACUUGAGCAGCUUCCUUCACUCUGAACAAAAGAAACGCAAGCUCAUACACCCCAAACGGGCAAAGUCAUACACCAGUCUGAUGAACAUUCAGACCAAACUGAGCUGAAGAGGAGUCAGGUGAUUGACAACACCUUUUAUUAGCAGCUACAACCCGGGAGAAGAUUGGACUCCUCAUCAUCUUGUGCCGGAGGUUCGAAUGUAGCAGACUCAACAACAGCAUCAGCUGUUUUCUUUCAAGAGACUGUGGUCAGUAUUCAGAGGACUUCAAGAAUAGAUAUGAGAAGGAAAUGCUUUGGGCACAUUUUUUGCGCUUUUUGUUGUUACAUUUGCUUUCAUAACUUCAAAAUAUUCUUCUCAAAAUGUACUAAAUUGUGUUUGUAUUUGUUUUAUGAGUUUCAAACAGAAUUAAAAAUGUUCUGCAAAACAAACAAAUACAUUAUACACAGACUGUGUUUUGAGUCUGCCUCUUACUGCCAUAAUUUGAGAUGAGUUUUAAUUUGUGAUAAUCUUUAUCGAUAUUAAGGAGGCUGUUUGUUUGAAUCAAAUGAUAUCUAACUUUAUAAAAUUGGAUUAUUCUUCAUGUUCCAGCCUCUCCUUCCUUUCAACUCGUUAACAAUCUUCACGUUGUUCAGUGCAUUCUGUAGCCUGAUACACAUAGCUGUCACUAGAAAGAGUGAGUGGCUUGUGUGCGUGCAAGUGAGUGUAUGAACUCUACUUAUGGGUUGAAAAAAAAUGGGGUUUCUGUCUCUAAUGUAUGUCCAGAAGAGAGCUGCAAAAAAGGAAGCACUUGAUGUCCAUUAGUGGUGACAUGUAUCUGCUGUAAGAAGAGGGGGGGUGCACACAUCAGGGGAAGUAGAUAAAGACAUUACACACAUAAUGUAAGAGCACUCCAGAGUGCCACACUGUGAUGUUACCUGUUUUCCAGUUAGUGUUUUUUGUGGUUGCAUAAAGCUUUUAAUGUGCUUUGUUGUCGUUUUCCACAGAUGUUUAACUUAAUUUGUGAAGGGGCUUCUGACUGCUCAUGACAGUGAAGUCUCAUUUGUGUCUCCUUUAUGUGUUGAAUUGAUGAAUUUUCCUAUUAAAAAUGCAUUUGCUGUGAAGUAAUGUAAACCUUCAUUUUUAAUGCAUAAACCCAAAUAAAUAUUUUUACAUCAGACAAAA